GAUGAUCAAAUGCUGAUCAAACGGUGAUCAAUAGCUCGAAAGAAUCAUGAAUUACUUUUAUAAGUUGACCUAUCUCUUAAAUGGGACAUCUGUCAGAGGAAGAAAGUGCUGUUUUGUAGAGAGGCGAGUUUAAAGAGUUGGUAGUGUUGAAAUGUUGCGCGCUCUCUCUCUCUUCCCUUCCACGGGGCGCAACUUACAAUCAAGGAGGAGCCGAGAGUCCUGCGGGGUUUUCUCCUGGAACCUGCUAGUCAAAUAUAAAGCGCUUCCUCCCAUCCACCAGGAAAGACUGAACCAUAAUUCAGAAGAGGAGCCGCUGCCUGAGCACAUCUGUGCUUUCUCCCAAAUCCGUAGCGAUCUAGUGAGUGAGUGAAGCAGCCGUGGAGUUUUAAUUGUACUAUUAUUCUCAUUAUUAUUAUUACUUAAGCAUGUCUGUGUAGUUUCUCGGUCGCUUAAUUAGCCGACAGUGAGAACACAACUUCUCUGAGAGACGCGCAUCGUAAGUUUGCAGAGGAGAGCGCGCAGAUGGCUGCUCUCAUCAGCGCGUACUCGUCGUGGCCGGAGUCCUUCGAGUGUCCUCCGGGAGACGGAGACGGGGCCGACGGGCAUGGUCCUCACAGGAAUGCCGGGGAAAAGGCGCCGGAGCCGCGGAUCAGACGACCCAUGAACGCGUUCAUGGUUUGGGCCAAAGAUGAGCGCAAACGGCUGGCGAUUCAAAAUCCUGACCUGCACAAUGCCGAGCUCAGCAAAAUGUUGGGCAAGUCAUGGAAGGCCCUUACUCCCCCUCAGAAGAGGCCCUAUGUUGAGGAAGCAGAGAGGCUUCGGGUGCAGCACAUGCAGGACUACCCCAACUACAAGUACCGGCCUCGCCGGAAGAAACAGCUGAAACGCAUCUGCAAGCGAGUCGACCCCGGGUUCCUCCUGAGCGGGCUGGGUCCUGACCACAGCACUCUGCCAGAUCAACGAGCCCUCUGCCACCCCCUCGACAAAGACGAGGGCAGCCCUAAUGGAGCCGGCACCAGCUUUUCCAGCUCCAGCCCUGCUCUGCCUAGCGUCAGAAGCUUCAGAGACCCGGCUGGCUCCAACAGCAGCUUCGACACCUACCCUUACGGCCUGCCCACCCCUCCUGAGAUGUCUCCGUUAGAUGCGGUGGACCACGAGCAAAUACCCCCCUCUUAUUACUCAACAUCUAGUAGCUCCUCUGUUUCCUGUUCUUCCUCAGUCUCCUGUCCAGAUGAGCACCACCAGAAUCAGACACACAUGGGCAGCCCACCCCCUUACCACUCUGAUUACACUCACACCCAGAUUCACUGUGGGGGCUCACAAUUAGGUCACAUCUCUCACAUGUCCCAUACUGGAGGCGGCAGUGGACUGAUCCCUGGGCCACCCCUGUCUUUUUACAGCUCCCCACCUUUCCCCCAGAUUCACCACGGGGUCCACCAGGGCCACCUGGGUCAGCUGUCCCCCCCACCAGAGACACAAGGUCACCUGGAGACUCUAGACCAGCUGAGCCAAGCUGAGCUUCUCGGUGAAGUGGACCGCAAUGAGUUUGACCAGUACCUGAACUCUACCGCGAGCGGCUUCCACCCGGAGCAGGGCAGCGGCAUGACCGUUACAGGACACAUCCAGGUGGCAUCUGCUGCCACCACUUCUGCCACUACGUGUCCCAGCAGCUCCACAGAAACCAGCCUCAUUUCCGUGCUAGCAGACGCGACGGCGGCCUACUACAACAACUAUGGCAUCUCAUAAGCGUGGCCACAACUCCUAUUGAAUGCGUGACUGAUCAAAGACACUACAAAGGUUGAAGAAAUUUAGGACGAUGUUGUACUUGGGUGCUGAUAAAAGGGAAACCCUUAGCAUCUAAGGGCAAAUGAAUCCAACCAUGAUUAAAAACUGAACUGAUUAUAGAGCAAUAUGAUUGUCUGGAGCCGGGGAAAGAACAAAGAGCAAUUGGAGGACUGUGAAGAGAAGGAGAUGGACACCUCAGGGAUGCAGACACAAAACACUUACAGUAUGCCACCUCCAGUUGUCAAGAAAUCUCUAAACCAGUAAAACAGUCAAAAAAAAAAAAAGAAAGACAAAA